CAUUGCAAGUCGACUGGUUUGCACUUCCGAAAGUUCAACGCCUUCGCUUGUCCUUAAACUUCAGACACGAAAGAAUUUUUCUUCUCCAUUCCAAAUAUUUGAGAUUGAACGCAAGUGAAAAGCACCAGCAGUUGUGCAACUCAAUAAACAACAUGGAAGCGGCACGCACAAGAAUCUUCUCUGUUGUCAAGAAAGUUUUAAAAACAAAGAAAUAAAAUAGAAAAUAAAAUAAACCUCAAGUUGAACUUUGGUGAUGGCAAUAAUAUAUACAGCGGCCCUCGUGUAUAUCCGUACGCUUUUAUCCCCUGUUAUAACCGAAGAUGCUUUGACACAGACAUAUAAUUCAGACUCGAGGAAGCGCUUUCUAUUCUUGGCCUUGUACAUAGUUUAUUACUUUGCCUUGGCCUUCGAGUCCUUAACGACGCUCGUGCCGAUGAAGCUUUCGUGAAUAGCGUUUAUCGCCCAUCCCUGAAACCAUAUAGGGACUUCAACCGAGCCAUGUAUCGCCAGCAGUCCCAAUAUACGGUGAAACCACUUAAACUGAUAGAAUAUAGUAAAAUAACUGAGCGCCAGAAUUUCGGGACUUUGAUUCUCUGGCUGAUAGGCCCAACAAAGAGCCGGAACAAAUUUAUGACGAAAUUAACCUGUUUGAAAUGUUCUCAAAUACAAUAUCGUCAUAGAGGACAAAGAAAAAGGCGAUGGCGUUAUUUCACCUUUAUUCGCUUUAGCCUAAAUUCGGCAAAGUUCAAAUGACUGUAUAGCUAUAUUUCGGCCGCCAUUUCGAGCAAUUAACUUUUAAUUAAGCGAACAUUUCUGCUGCUGCUAGGCUACGGCGUGUGUAUAAUAGAAACUCAUGUGACUCUCCCAGUUCCGACCUGCCUAAUGAAUUCAAUUCAUAUGCUAUGCAAUCUUAUGGUGCUGGGACUCUACCGAUGGGGGUCGACGAACGGUUAGCGGCUCACGCAUCGCGCGGAUAGCGACAAAGACCUCGUCGACCUUCACCGUCUCGGCGUUCACCUCCAGACCGUGAGUUGCUCAAAGACUCGAAGAGUUUCUUUCACGCUGUUUUUUUUCUUUUUUUCUUCUUCGUACAAAGAGCGAUAAAGAAGUGAACGACCCCCUAUCUCCUCUAUCCGACACGGGAGACUUUUCGAGUCUUUUCCAAGGCCUUGAAAGAGUUGGAUAUAAGGAAAUGGAUAGACAAUUUCGGCCGUUCCCGUGUGUGUAGGAACAUAAAAACCCAUAAUGAUUUUCGAGAGCGUGAAAGAGCAAUAAAAAAAUGUUGCUAUGCGUUUGUAGGUCAAAGCACUCGUUGCUGCCUGGCGCUUUUAGCCCAGCUCGUAUAUUGAGUCAAUUUUUUCAAGUGAAAGUUCCUGUAUAGUAUUAGUAAGUGCGCUAAUGAUGGUGACUGCUGGGAGGAUGGCUGCUGGGCAAGUUCUUUGUUUGCAUUAUAGGACAACGUCACCAAGAAACCCACGGCAUUGACAUUGGGUGCGAAUUCAUCCGGGUACGCCGGCAGCACGGUCAUUCGUUCAUUCUAUUCACUUUAGACUUUACCUACUUAUUAUUGGAUAUUGGCUGUAUACGCUGAUGGGAACAUUUUUGAUCGUCACGAGGGUUUUGAAUUAUUCGCGGGAAUUCCCGGCAGAGAUUUUCCAGUAUCGGAAGUGACCUGACAAUCACGAUCCUCCCUGCGGAGAAGUAUUAUUCGUCCUCAUCAUCAGAAAACUAUCACUUGGCAGCCAAGUCUCAUCGUGCUGCUAUUAUUGUCUCAUUGGACACGUACACGCGGUUCUGUAUAAAGGACCAUUGCAACACUGAUGGGGUUUUAAGUUUACCCUUCAGCGCAACAGUAGCUAUUUUAGUACAUCAAAGCGAACUUUAACAACGAGUAAAAUACUGGGGGUGUGAAUUCUCAUCAUGAUUAAAUAUGCAAUCCGUCACGAGAACAAUCUUAUCUUCCAACUAUAAAAUGCCUUCAGUUCGCAGAGAUGUGAAUUCAGUCUCUGAAUCAGUGGAUAUCAAGAAGAAGCUGCGCAAGUCUCUGAAUUUCUAUAAAAGAAAAUUGACUUUACAAGUAGGAAAAAUGCGUUGCUUUGUUACCUUGUUGUGCGUCUCCGUUGUAGUGGUUCACUGUAUUAACGCCCAAUACUAUUAUCCGUACUACCGCGAUGAUAUCAACCCUUAUCUCAACUACCCUGUCGACGAUGGCAGCCAUGAAAACCGAAUUUUCUUCAACCAAAUUUUCAACGCAAUCACAUCUGUUUUUACAACGACAACAACUUCAACGUCCACCUCGACAACCACUUGCACGAUUUCGACGAAUUUAAAAUGCCCCCGUAAAAGGUUCUUGCUAGUUGGCGAUGUAGAAGCCGAAAAUAUCGAACCUUCCGCCGUAAACAAGGUCGAGGUCACGCCACUUGCCGAAAUGGAAACUUUGAUCAGGAAUGAACGCAAAGCUGAUCCGCAAUAUCCAUUUUGGCGUGUCGACCCGGGUUAUCCGGGUUAUCCGUUGUACGAUAUUCAAUCGACUUUUGGCCAACCCGCUUAUCCUGUGAAUCCAUACAUGAGGCCACCAGUCGUCGCCGCCGAUCCUCGUAUCUUCAUUGUCAACGUCGUAACUAAGACCUCCACCAGCACGUCCACUUUUAGGUCGACUCCGGCUUGUUCUUCGGUCAGCAACUUCAAUCAGUGUUAAAAAGACAGAAACUUUAACCCAUCUACAACAUCCGAAACUUUCCCCCACUAUUUAAACAGUUAAAUUUUAAUGUAGUUAAGGUGUGGCAGCAAAAAUGAGAACCGAUAACAAUAUUGAUAAAAUGUGAUUGAAGGAAUCAAAUGUAUUGAUCCCUGGAGCAAACGGAAAUAAAAUUAGUGUUGUCUGUUACCGAGAAACAAUUUGCGUUUUUAGAUCAAAGAGCUCACACGCUUGGUCACACUACGCCCUCCUGUGAAUUUUCUCAGUUAAAGAAAAGUAGUAAACAACAAUCGUUCGUAUAUGUGUGGUUAAAACGCUUCUGGGCAAAUCUAAUUGGUACAAAUCCUUUUUACUCCGGAACGAAUACACUCUUCAAGAGCGCCAAUCAACUGGUCGUUCACCGCUUGGUAAUAUCCGUACCGAAAUAAUUGAUUCCUUUUUAAACUAAUAGAAUUGACUAAAUCUCAUUUCAAGAAUUACAUUUAAAUUGAUGACUAAUCUUAUUAAAAUCUUUAUAAAAUAAUAAUUGUCAGUUUUUUAACACUUCCUCGAAAUUCGUGUUUUUUCCUUCAUAAGCAUGAGUUUCAACUUCCAAGGGUGCCGAAUGCCCUCCUUAACACCGGCGGAUAAUAAUUCAUGUCACAUGAAUCGUAAAAAUGCCUGCAGCAAAAUUACGAAACUUCACAGAUUUUGCUACGUAAUAACUGCAACGCUGAAAUAGGCUAAAUAGAGAUGACGUCCUGCAGUGCUGAGCUUGUAUACCAUGAUGAUGUCAUCUAUGCAAUACCGUCCUAUAUAAACAUCAUAGAAUCAUUCGAAAUUUCGCAGUCGCUACUGGAAUUUUCAGCAAGCAGCAUUCUCUCAAUAUUCGACGAAAAUUCUAUUUUCUGAAGCUGAAAUGAAAUUCCUUGUUUCCUUAUUGUCAGUUACUGCUUUUUUCUUAGUUCAAGGAAAUGCCCAAUACCAGCCAUACUACGAUGAUGCGUAUCCGUAUCAAAUUUAUCCGGCAGCUGACAUUCAGCCUCCCUUAAACUACGUGGACGAAAACCGUUUCUUAUUCCAACUGGCAACUAACCUUUUUACAACGACGACUACAACUACAACUACUACUACCACUACUUGCACGGUAUUAACUAAUGUGGCUUGCGUUGGUGGUCGACGUAGAAGAUUUCUUGGCGUCAAUGAUGACGACCUCAUUGAGCCUUCUCCAGUAAACAAAGUCGAGGUUACUCAGAUUGCAGAGAUAGAGCCUUCAGCCAGGAUGGAACGCAAAGCUGAUCCUCAAUUCCCAUUUUUUCGCGGAGGUUAUGAACAGCCUUUGUACGAAAUCCAGUCCACAUUCCGCCAACAACCUUUCCCCGUGCAUUACAAUCCGUAUGUUCGUCGACCAGUGAUUAAUGCGGAUCCACGAUUCUUGAUUCGCGUCACCUCAACAUCGACAUCCACUUCUACUGUUACUUCAAGAUCGACACCAAUUUGUUCUUCAGGAAGCAGCUUUAACCAGUGUUAAAACUGACUAUUCAUUUUUAGCUUUCAGCUAAUUAAUAGUUUAUUUUUUAGCUACUAAUCCUUAUUUCCAUUAUUUAUUGGAGAAGAAAAUUAAGGCGAUAACCGUAAUAAUAAACUUAAUUAUUUGUUUAAAAGGAAAGGAUUGUUAUGAGAUUGCAUGGAAAUACACCACCUGAUUAUUAUUCAGUA